CAAAAAGCUCUGUUUCUUGGUUCUUUAAUUCCUUUUAGAUUGUAUUUUUCUUUACUUCCUUAACCUUAUAUUCUCUGGUAUAUUACCGUAGAUAUCAUCGUUAUAUCCAUUGGAGGAGCUACUUACGUCGGAGGGGGUCAACUGACCCCUAAAUUUUUUCUAUAUUUUUGGUUUAUAUGUUAGGUUUUGUAAGUAUAAAAUGAAAAAAAAUUGGGUAAUUUAGAUGCAACUAAACCAAUGUUUAAUGUUGAAAUCUUAAUUUAGCACAUCUUUUAAUAUUAUUAGAUAGAUAUAUUAAUAGACCUCGGUGAAUAGAACUUCUAACUCCGCCAACUUAUAUCAGACAGCCUUCCUAAGGGGCACCGCAUAUCGAACCAAAAGGAACAAUGUGAUCCACUUUGAAUUUCCACUCUUGUAAAAGAUUUAGUAGAGUCCUAUUCAAAAGCUUACUCCACAUCCAUGAACCAAAUGUACUGUUUUCAUCGACAUUAAUGACCUUUUACUGAUCAAGUAUCUUUUAGUCCAUCAUACCCAUAAAGUGGACUCCGAUAUGAUCCUCCAGAUAAUUUUCAGAAUUACAAACUUUUUUUUGAGCCAACAAAUUUUCAGACAACAAACUUUGUUCACUUCAGUUUUUGUGUUAUAUUAGGCGUGCUUUGGUUGCAUCGCUUCCUAGGAGUACAAGUUUGAUAUGAACACUUGCAUGUUAUGUCACCAAUAUUCAAAAGUGGUGUUUGUGUCGGAAGCUAAAGACUUGGUGGAAAAAUUAAAAGGCCCAGGGCGUGGCCGGUCGUGUCCUUUUUUUUUUAAGAUAGAAGGGUUCGUCUGAUUGCUAAAAACGUCAUAUGAGGAUAGGAAUCAAUCUUGUGUUGCAGCUAAUCAUCCUCAAUGACUUGUAGUUUGUAGGCUUGUGUUUUUUUAUGCUUCUUUUAGUUGGGCUGCUUUUUGGUUGGUUAUAGCCAGAGGUUGAUGUUAAGUGAUUGUAUGUCUGCUAGCUAUGUGGGCUUGUAACCUUUUUGAAACUUUAUUCUUCAAUAUAAACCCAUGUGACAAAUUUUGUUAUAUAAAGAAAUUGUUGACAGUACUUUCAUAUAGAUGCAGUUCUAAGUUCAAGUUUAAUAGAAUCAUUUGUACUAUUACAGUGGAAGCCACGUGUUUGUGGACGAGAAAGAGUAAUAAACUACACAAGUGAUUCCGUUGGCUUUUUCAACCAAAAAGACAAAGACAAAAGCUGUAAGUGGGUGGGACUGAGUCAAGCCGCAACGCGUGGAGAUAGAUGAUAAUACUCAAAAACACAAACCGAACGUUGAUACUUUCUUUCAUUGACUAAGCUGCCCUUAGCCGCACUUCUCGAGGCUAAAAGGCAAAGGCAUCAUCACCCGAAACUCAGAAAGCAUCUCAAUCUAUUAUUAUUUUUCCAUUGUAGAGCUCCGAGAAACAGACACGACAUAUAAUCACAGCAAAAAGCUCUGUUUCUUGGUUCCUUAAUUCUUUAAUUCUUUUUUAGUUUGUAUUCUUUCUUUACUUCUUUUACUUUAUAUUCUUCACUGGUAGAUUAUCUACCGUAGAUAUCUAUCAUCGAGCUGUGCUGUUUAUUUUUGUAUCAUCUCUUGUCGAAUUUAUUUAUAUCUCUUUCAACUCCGGAGAUCAAGUUCUUGAUCGGUGUUAAAAGGAAGUCCAAGAAGAUGUGGUGGAUGAUGGGUGAAAACGGUGGUCACUAUUGUUCUAAAAAGUCCGAUGAUCUAUGCGGCACACAGGAAUCAGAUCGAGGCUUUGGCAUCACCAGACUAUGUUGCAUGUUGCGUGGUAUAGACUUAAAGUCAAUCAUAUUCCUCUUAGUAAUCUUCCCCAUGUGUGUUAUUGGUGUAUACAUUCACGGCCUCAAGAUCUCAUACUUCUUGAGACCAUUAUGGGAAUCACCACCAAAACCAUUCCACGACAUUCCUCACUACCACCACGAGAACGCUUCCAUGGAAUCUCUCUGUAAGCUCCACGGCUGGGGCGUCCGUGAAUACCCUCGCCGUGUCUACGACGCCGUCCUCUUCAGCACCGAAGUGGAGCUUCUCACCAUACGGUGGCAAGAACUCUACCCUUACGUUACUCAGUUCGUUCUCCUCGAGUCGAACUCCACCUUCACCGGGCUACCGAAACCGCUCGUUUUCGCCAGCCACAGGGCUGAUGAUGAGUUCAAGUUCGUUGAGCCGCGGUUGACGUACGGGUCGGUAGGAGGAAGGUUCAAGAAAGGAGAGAAGAAUCCUUUCUACGAAGAGGCUUACCAAAGAGUAGCGUUGGAUCAGCUUCUAAGACUCGCGGGCAUUACAGAUGAUGACUUGUUGAUUAUGUCUGAUGUUGAUGAGAUCCCGAGCAGACACACGAUAAACCUUCUCAGCUGGUGCGAUGACAUACCGGAGAUCCUCCACUUAAGACUGAAGAACUAUCUCUACUCUUUUGAGUUCCCGGUCGACGACAAGAGCUGGAGAGCGUCGGUUCAUAGAUACAAGACUGGUAAAACAAAGUACGCGCAUUACAGGCAGUCAGAUGAGAUCUUGGCGGAUUCAGGGUGGCAUUGUAGCUUCUGUUUCAGACGGAUUAGUGAGUUUGUGUUCAAAAUGAAAGCUUAUAGUCACUAUGAUAGAGUGAGGUUUGGACAUUAUUUGAACCCUAAAAGAGUUCAGAGAGUUAUAUGCAAUGGAGAUGAUCUGUUCGACAUGAUACCUGAGGAGUACACGUUUAAAGACAUCAUCGGUAAGAUGGGUCCGAUUCCACAUUCUUAUUCGGCGGUUCAUCUUCCUGCGUACCUCCUGGAGAAUGCGGAGAGGUACAAGUUUCUUCUUCCGGGGAAUUGCUUGAGAGACAAGGAAUGAAUGGUUCUUGAAACUAAUAUAUUGAUAUGACACUGCUUACUAAUUCAUGAUUAUUAAUAUUCUUUGUGUGAAUUAUUUUUUUAGAAUGGCGAUUUUUAUUGGUGCUUUUGGUGUACAUAAACAACUGAUCUAUGAGAAUAUAUUUUUUUUUAAUUUAUAAGAAUAAUUUCUUCUU